GUGACUCAGAUCCCCAUCGUCAUGUGACAGAUGUUUUGUUUCUUCUCUUCCGCCUUCUGUGUUCUCGCAGUGUCAUGUGAAACUCCAAAUUGACAGCUCCGGGAUUAAAAAAUCCGCUCCGUGUCUCCUCCAGGAACCUCAGCCGUCUGAAGUGAAGACUUCUCCUGACAGAGGAAGGUAUCGGGACCCCGGUGGGCGGACGAUGGCGGACGGGGAACGGUCGCCGCUGCUGUCCGAGCAGCACGACGGGACCAACGGCUUCUCUCCUGGGAGCAGCUCACACGGAUAUCUGUCCAAACCGCAGAGUAUGUCAGGAGUUUGGUCUGUUAACAGUUUAUGUAGACGCGAUUUAAGGAGUUUAACUGACAGUUUAAGGUGAAAUUAAGCGAGUGAAUACCCUCAGUUUGGAGUUUGGAGGCUAACCGGCUAGCGUUAGCCAACGUUAGCAGCAAAUAUACUAAAUCCAGUCACUUUUUACCAGGUUUAUACACUGUUUUAUACCAUAUUUAUGCACGGUAUUGUUAUUUAAGAAAAAAAAGUAAGGAUUAGUUUAUUAAAUAUUAUCAAAAUGAAUAAAUACACACCAUUAGGUCAAAGUUCAUCCCGGUUUUCUGUUCAAUUUAACGACACGGUUAAAAUAUGAACAUUUUAUCAUCAUAUUUAUGAGAUUAACCCGAGGAUAAUCAAAUAUUUUAGUGAGAGAAAAGUCUCGAACUUAGUAACCCAAGAACACUAUCAUUAAAAUUAGUAACACCAUCAGUAAUGCCGGGUGAUUUUUACUCGGGCCCGAGUAAAUGUGAAUUUUUCAAGGCCGAUACCGAUUAUCAGGGGGAAAAAAUCUGAUUACCGAUUUAUCGGCCGAUUUUUUAAAUUUUUUUAAUAAAGUAUUACAAUGUUGUUAAUUUAAGUUAUAUAUCUACAUAUUUGGGUCAGUGAAAAAUAAGGGUUUGCAAUCAUGAAUUCACUUGAAAAUAACUACUUUGUGAUAAGGGUUGGGUAUCGCUUGAUUUUGAAUGAUUCCGGUUCCGAUUCUGAUUCCUCAUCUCGAUUCCUGUUCCAAACAAUUCUCCAUUCCAAUUCGGUUAAAAGGCAGGAUAAAAAGAAAUAAAGACAUGGUUUAAAUGAGGGUGCUAACUGGAGUUCUUUGUUUUGGAUGAAAUUUCUGAAUUUCUCCAUGAAUUUUUAAAUUAUAUUAUCUUUUUAAGAACUUUACUCUGAAUUUCUCACAUUUUCAACCAGUAUAUAAAAAUCCAUUUUUUGGUGUCAGGUUGUUUGUCUAUGAAAAAGUUAGCCAAACUUUUGACCGCAGCCGCUGUGGCUAUUUCUUCUGGUUGGCGGACUCCGGCAUCGGAACUUGGAAUCUAAGUUUUAUAAUUUGAACGGUUCCGGGAGGAUCGGAAUGUUAGUCCCGGUCCCCAUUGAUGCUCAAGACUCGAUGCCCAACCCUAUUUGUGAUCGUUAUAUAUAACCACUGUGCUAAAUAAAGAUAGCAUGCAAAUUCCAGGACCACUCUUUAAAAAUCAUCCUGUGAACAUGUACCUAUAGGAAAAAGCAGGUUUUGGAUCAGGGAAACAAAUAUGCCUUCAAAGAUGUCAAAGGUAAUGCUGAAGCUACACAGAGACCCAUGAUACUCAGACAAACGCAACAUCAUGAAAGUCACCUAAACAUGUUUGGUCGGGUGAAAAUCACCUGGCGAUAGUGUUCAAGGGUAAAAGUGGUCAAAAGAGUUCACACCAUUAUGUGAACACCCAUAAUAUCUGUCCUCUUCUUCUUGCUACCUUAUUUUCUGCAGAAACUCUUGUUAAAAGUCAAUCUUUAUCCUUUGCCGACUAAUAACAUCAUGUUAAGUGAUGAAAUUGUCGCACAGUAUUUAAUUACCAGUCUGUGAGUCAUUGUAAGCAGAUGGUUUGUUUGAAGAGAAACGCAGCACAGGAUAUAUCAGCUGUAAUGAGUCACGCUGUCGGGUUACCGCAGAGAGGAACAACCAGUUUCACUCACUGUCUCAGGAUUAAAACAGCUCUAGAAAUGGAGGGUUCAAACUGUAUGUCUUAUUUAUAAAACUGGGCUACCAAGCACUGAAGUCAGCGAGGGGCUCAUAAGUACAGUAAAGUAAUCAAGUAAAGAGUACAUUAGAUAAGUGUUUUUUCUUCAUGUGAAGUUUGCCAGUUAGAGCGAAGGUUGAUGGAAACUGAAUUGGGGGACAACUUAUUACGGACUACAGUGGAGUGCCGCAGCUCAAGAAAGAACAUUUAUGAUCAUUUCUAUAUCAUUUUGUUUAAGUAAUAAUCAUCAUAUCAUUUUUUCACUGCAGACGGGGUAGUUCUUCUGCCUUAGCAUCUCGGUCUGAUUACAUUUCCAUGAAGAAAUGAUCAUAAAUGUUCUUCCUUGAGCUGCGUCACUCUGCUGUAAUCCAUAAUGCUCAGGCCUGAGGUCUCGCUACAAACAUGCGGGUGCUGGAAGAGAGUAGGCGAGUUGCGUUCAGUCUCUUAGGCAAAGUUAAAAAGGUGUUUGGUGGCUAGUACUAUGGCUGUGACCCUAUAUGUCCUGUUGAUGAAGUUAGGUGCUGUUCUGAGCAUUAUUCGUGGUUAUAAAGUGGCGUUGUGUUUGAGCAUGUGGCUCACCAUAUUGCUAUUGUGCGGUUGUUACUAAAGUUGGUAUAGCUAGAGAGGCAAGCGGUCGGCAACAUUCAUCUCUCUCUGUCUAACUCGCUGUCACGGUGUGUUUGACCCUAAAUUAAUUUUACGCUGGAAUAUCCCUGAAAGUAUGGUGUCCCUCAGGGGGUCUGUUUUAGGUCCCGUUUUAGGUUUCCUUGUACAUGCCCCCCAUCAAAACCGAGCAUGGUGUUUUAUUGAAUUUUUAUGCAGAUGAUUCUCAGUUAUACCUGUCAUGUAAUUUUUGGAUAAGCAUUAGCGUACUGUUUGUUUUUAAAGUCAUUUCAUUCCUGUUGACACCAAAGUCAAGUCCUGCUGACAGUGAUCCGGUCGUUCCCCAUCCAGGUUUGGCACCGUUCCCCAGUGCGAUUGUACCAGGUGAACCCCCGCCCCCGUACUCGCCGCAGGGCAGCCCGGACAGCAGCAGCGCUCCGGUCAUCAGCUGCAGGGUCUGUCAGAGCGCCAUCUCCGUGGAGGGAAAAACACAUCAACACGUGGUGAAGUGCAGCAUCUGCAACGAAGCCACAGUGAGUCACAUCUGUCCUCCUAUCAGAGCGCCAAAACAGGGACUAUUCCUAUAAUUGUCACUAUUUAUCAUGUUGAAGUCCAAAUGCAUCCAGAAACAGAAAAAUCACCAACGUCAGACAUCCGCAGUGUCAGAGGUUGUGUUUUUCGCAUCUUAUCCCUCUCUCUCUCUCUCUCUCUCUUCUGUGUGUCUGCAGCCGAUUAAGAACGCUCCUGUCGGGAAGAAGUAUGUCCGCUGUCCGUGCAACUGUCUGCUGAUCUGCAAAGUCACGUCGCAGAGGAUCGCCUGUCCGAGGCCGUACUGGUGAGACCGAGAAACAGAGCGGGAUUAUUUUUCACCCAUCUCAGCUUUUGGCUCGUAAUCGCGCCAUCUGUGCAGGAGAGGCCACUCCAUCGAAACACAUUGACAGAUCAGAAAGUGUUGUUCUCGUGUCUGUUUGAACAGACGACUAAAGGGUUUAGUAGUUUUCUCCCACAAAGAGGACUGUAGAGGUUUCUGUAUCUGACCAAAGACAAUCCUGAGUCAAUGAUGGACUCUGGUACAGAAAGAGAUCUGGGUCGUCUGGACUCAAUAAAUCAGCGAGGAUAAGCAGGGUUAUUGUGUAAAAAGCUGUCGUGGUCUCAGCAGUGCCAGAAAACCUAAAUUUCAGUCAGUUUUUCACCGCUUUACAAAGAGGUUUGAGUGAAGGGUGCACAGUAUCGUUUAAAACAAUCCCACCUUUAAAAAACCAGCAAAGAUCUGGUGACCAAAACCCCACCCUUGACUUUUUUCUCACUUCUCCAAAUUUGAGAGGAAGCGGUCAAAGCUGACCUUUAGUGACCUGUGUGUGACGUCCAUGCGGAUCUUUAAAAAGACCCUUGUCUGUUUGUCCGUCAGUAAACGCAUCAUCAACCUGGGACCAGUUCACAUCGGCAGGGACAGUCCUGAACCGCAGCACCAGCCCGUCGGAGUCCGGAUCAUCUGCGGGCACUGCUCCAACACAUUCCUGGUAGGACACGCACCCACUGAUCCUCGCAAAUACAAAAACACACACAUUCACGCACAAAGACAGACACACACUGAUGAAUGUUUCUCUCUCACAGUGGACAGAGUUCUCAGACCGCACUUUGGCCCGAUGUCCACACUGCCGAAAAGUGUAAGUACCUUUCAUUUCUGUGGGUGUUGGUCAAACAUUCCGAUAAUCUCUUCUCUGUCGACUAAAGUCCUCGUCUGAUGUCGUUUACAGCUCUUCUAUUGGUCGGCGGUACCCGAGGAGGAGGAGCCUGUUGUGCUUCAUGCUGUUUGUCGUCAUCGCAGCUUCCACUGCAGGACUGAUGGUGAGUUUGUUUGUGUUUCUCUUUUUCCAUUUGCAGAACAAAACCACGACGUAACAGGCAGCAGACAUGUUUGAUUCCUCUGUUUAACCCCCAAUUUCCACCGCAUCCGGAACGGAUACAAAGAGGCCGUAUUCGCCGAUCAUAGCUGAUGGAGAAGGCAAUCUACCUUUUUCUGACAGAGGACCAUGGCCUCGGACUUGGAGGUGCCGAUUCACAUCCCAGCCGCUUCACACCCGGCCGCGAACCGCCCCAGCAAGAGCUGGAAGUCACUGCUCAACAAAGCUAGAAGAACCACAUCAUACGCAAAAAGCAGCGACACGAUCCUCUGCCUGCCAGACUGGACACCCUCCACCCCCGGCUGUGCCUAGAAAUUCUGUCCAUAAAGGUUAUGAACAGAACCAAUGACAAAGGGCAACCCUCACUGGAAACAAGUCCAACUUACAGCCGGCUACAUGGACCAAGCUCACGCUCCUUUGGUAAAGGGAUUGGACGGCCUUUUACAAGGAACCAUCCACCCCAUACUCCCAGGGCACCUCCCACAGGAUUCCCCUAGGGACAUGGUCAUAGGCCUUCUCCAAGUCCACAAAACACAUGUGGACUGGUUGGGAAAACUCCCAUCUCCCCUCAAGAACCCGAGCAAGGGUGAGGAGUUGAUCCGUAGUUCCACGAACGGGACGAAAACCGCAUUGUUCCUCUUCGAUCCGAGGUUCAACUAUUAAUCUGACCCUCUUUUCCAGCACCCUGGCGUAAGCUUUCCCGGGGAGCCUGAGGAGUGUGAUCCCCCGAUAGUUGGAAAAAACCCACUGGUCCCCUUCUUAAAGAUAGGGACCGCCACUCCAAUGGCACUGUCCCCGAUUUCCAUGCAAUGUUGUAUAGGCGUGUCAGCCAGGACAACCCCACCACAUCCAGAGCCUUCAAAUACCCUGGGUGGAUAUCUGAAGGCUCUGGAUGUGGUCACGAUUCCUGCCGUCCGUAAUCCACCAUGAAAUUAGUCUACGAAUGGAUCUGAUGAGAAUUGGCGUACGGCAAAAAUCGCUGCUGUUCCAGAUCGGAGCCAUUCCGGAUGCAGUGGAAAUCCCCGAUAAGAUAUGAACUUAUCAGAAUUCUGCAGACAGCCUCAAGUGGCCACUCAAGGAACUGCAACUUGCACUUCAGAGAUGUUAUUUGUUACUGGCACUGGUUUACCAUUUCCAACCCUACUCCAGACCUGCGCUUAUUUCCUGUCACUGAGUUACGUCGGUUUUGUAAAGUCGCGUCUCUUUGUUCUCUCCAGGUCGGGACGUGGAAGCCCGCCCAGGACUCCAAAGGGAUCUAUGUCUCAUGGGUGCUUCUGAUCCUGCUCCUCCUCUUCACGUUGGCCAGAGCCAUCUACUGGAGGUGUCUGAAAAUCAGCGACCCCAUUUCCAACAUCACGUAGAGGCAGGGAGGGGGAGAGAGAAAGUGAGGCGGUAGGAAGGAAAGAAGGAAGGUAGGAAGGAAAGAAGGAAGGUAGGUAGGAGAAAAGCCAAACUUAUCAGUCAAGUUAAGAAGAAAGGUAAGAGAGGAAAGAUGAUAUGCAGUGAAGUAAAGAGAGGAUAAAACGAUAACGCAGUAAAAUAACUGGAGGAUUUUUAAUCAUUUCUUCUUCACCACAAAAAACUAGAGAGAGUUUUUGACGUUUGCAGAGAGAUACGCAGACAAAUGGAUGGAGAGGUGGGUGAAUUUAAAGACAAAAAUUAUAACCCAGUAGUUUUCCUCUACGUUAAGCUAGGAUGCUCUUUUAAUGCCUGAAGGUGUCGUUUUCAACCCAAGCUAACUCCUGUUGAAUCCACGACUUAAAUACUAUUUUCUCAUUUUCAUAACCCAUAAAUUCAGGAGUCUGGGUUCUCCUCCAAGCACUGCAGUUUGUUUGGAAAGAUGGAUGGAAGGAGGUGUUUUAUAGUGUAAUAAUAUCAAACUCAUGAACUGAGUGAGUUCAAGUGCUCAUUUCUCUAAUUUUAAAGGAAACUAAGAACCACUCUUUGUGCAAACUUGUCACUUUGUGUCACUCUCCUUGAGUUUGUCUCUCUAACGGGUCUUUGUUCCUCAUGAAUCCUUGUGUUAGGACUCGUUUUUUUCUGCUUUGACGACAAGGAAUCAAAACUUGUGCUCCCUAAAGGUGUCCACUGAAAACAAAUCAUGAAAAAAUAAAUAUCAGUACUCUUUCUGGGCAGCAGAGGGCGCCCUCUUCAUUUCACUUCUCUCGCUCUCUCAUGCUGGGCCAUAGUUCUUUAACUGAAUGAUGAUAAAAUUGGAGUAAUAAUGAAAACUAACACAGAUGAUUCAGAUUAAAGAUCACAGUAAGUUUGUCCUCAUUUCAGAAGACGUUAUUUUAAACACACAGAUCAAGACGGGACUGUCGGAGUGGAGAACUUCAUGAAUUUACAGACAGGCAUUAUUAUUUUGUGGAGGCAGCGUCUUGUUGUUGUAUUUUCUUUUCCGAUCAGCUGUGUUUGCGUCUGUCAGAGCAGUUUUAGGGCAUUUCUGGGGCAUUUGGUUCAAUUAACUCUGAAUUUUAUUUCAGUCCAACUCUGAAACUUCAAACAGAGGUUUGAGUGAAUCUGAAGCCGUCAGAGUCACUGAAAUAUGCAGUAAAUGACCUGAAGAGUGAUUCUUGACCGUCUUCUCUCUUCACAUCCUGUUGAAAUCAAACUGAAGUGAACGGACACGCUCCUCCAACCUCUGCCAGGGUCUCUUUCUCUGUAAAUACAUUCAGUGGAUGUUGAUUAUUGAAGCUGUACACAAGUGUCCGAGCUCCUGCUUCCCCCUUGUGGCUGAUUAAUGUACCCGCUGACUGUGAAACCUGUUGCACUACAUUGUACUGAUGUACUCCUACUGUAAGCUUUGUCCAUAUUCUGACGGUGGAUGGAUUUCUUUUUUGUAUAUGGUGGAACAAAGUAACACUUUUAACAACGUGAUCUGGCUCGGAUGUGUCUUUUUUUUUUCUCUCAAACAGGAAGUCAAACAGGAUCUUAAAGAGUCCAAAUAUUAUUUAAUUUAAUAUAACUAUAGUAUAUAACUUAUACUAUAUAAAUUCUAAAUAAUCAUGUUUGAGGCUAAGAUAAUUGAUACAAACUAAAGCAGAGAAAACAGUUCAGUGAUAUAAAAAUGAUAUUCUGAAAAGUUUUUCACUUUUUUUUCUCUUCUUGUGUCCAUAAAAGUUUGAGAAGCAGGUUUAGGUGGAAUUUUCCUUUAAUGUACUUACAGCUGAGAACCACCAGAGGUCCCUGCUGAGUCAGAAAACUCUUUACACCGAGGAGGGAGAACAACUUUGUUCACAAAAUAACUUUGAUGUCUGAAAAACUUUUUUACUCAACAAUAUUUUUAUUAGUUUUAUACAGAUUCAUACAGUGCAGUGAGAUCUUUAAAGAGCACAAGAUACAAACACUCCCUUUCACUCCAGACCCUGUCUAUUGCUGUGCUUCAAUAACAAAUUCUAGAGCUAAUAAUACUUUUUUUUUUUUAAAAAGGUGCUGCUGGAAUUCAGGUUUUAUAGACCCUGAGAAGUAAAAAGUAAAAAGAAAAUCAGUUAAAUGAACUACUGUACGGUAAGAGAAACACAAAGGUAGACAAGUCACUGAAAACUUAGAACGUCCAUGAAAGAGAAAAGAAAUUAUGAAAAAGAUUUAUAACAUCAUUAAAAAGGACUGCAGUAUAAGAACAGAAUCUAACAGGAAACUCUGUCAGAGUUGUUUGACCCUGUAGACAUGAGAUUGAGAAGAAAGGAGUGACUUUAUCAUGUUACCAGGGUUACAAAGUGCUUUAUCAAUGAAAACAAAAUAGAAAUAAAAGAGAAAUGUGAGGAGACCAAUGACUCAAAAUCUCAAAGGUCACUAACAUGGACAAAAUUCAACAACAGAGAGAUAAAAACAGAAAGAAAAGAAGGACACAAAAACCCUGGACCAGCAUGAAGUAGGUUAAAAGUACUAUGUGUUUAUGUACAAAUAUAAUCACAACAUAUAUUAAUAUAAACACACUCAUACACACAUAAACAUAUAUAAAUCAAAACAAUUCAAAGAUCAAACUUGUUGUUGAUACUGUUCGGCUCAGAAUAAAAGUAGCUUAUCAAAGAUGAAAACACUUUAAAAGAUUAUCUUCUCUAAAAGUUUUGUUUUUAAAAGAUGAUCAGCAGAUUUAACCAGAGAGGUCCGUCCUUCCUCGUCUCUCUGCUGCUAUGUCUGCUCUGAGUGUCAUGAUAACUUCCUGUUGGUUAGUUUAGUCCUGUUUUUGUAAUACAGUUGUAUUUUCCUGUUCUGUGUUCGUUAGUCUUAUGUUCUUGUUUCUCACUGUUUGGUUUUUCACUUCCUUAUUUCAGAGUAGUCCGUCCCUGUUUAUCCGCUCUAGUUUUACUUCUUCAGUUUUCCCUCCUUAGUUAAUGAAUCAUGAGUCCAGUUUAGUCUUUUGUCGAAAUAAAACAUUUUACGUUCUGUACCUGGGUCCCCUCUCUAGUUUUUGUUUAAUCGUAGCACUGAUGACCUCUCUCUCCCCCUGGACUCAUCCUGCUAAGAGCUCAUCCAUCUGUGGAUCAUUGAUCGCUUCAUAAAACUCCAACAGGACUGAGGCCUGAGUUCAGAGGUCAGAGUACACUCAAAGAGAAGUUUCUUGAUCCGUCGGGUUUUUCUCAUCUUCUGACCUGUUAAAUCUCUUAACAUUAGCAUUCAUUCUCUAGCACACUGAUGACAGGACUAACACUGCUGAUUAAUCGUGAUAAAGCCGCGUCUUUGUGAUGACUUCAAUCCCAUUGCUUUUCCUCCUCUUUUUUUCCCGACGAUCACAAACAGAAGGACUGCGAGUGAUGCAACAGUAAGGAAUACAGACCAGAGCAGCUCCUACUAUUGUUCCCACUGUAAUAACGAUGGCGAUGUCUUUCAAUCCCCACAUCUCUGUGUUUAGACUCUCUGCUUCACCCUCAGACCUGCUCUGGUUCUUGGCAGCUGGAAGGAGACAAACAAAGACUUGAUCAUGUUUCUGUGAUUACUGCAGGUCUCAGUUUGCUCUAGUAAAGUCUCUGAAAGUCGUACAGGAGGCAGGACCUUCAGUAAUCAGACCCUUCUCCUUUGGAACCAUCUACCAAUCAGAGUCCAGGAUUCAGAGACCCUCUCUACUUUUAGGACCUUCAUGUUAAAGUUCAUAAAAGGUCUGAUUCAGGUUUGGAGAAGAUCCAAAGAGAAACAGAACCUGAACUGAACAUCUUUUUAAAGUUCUGCUGAGAAAUAAAUCAACUCACCAGUCACAUUGAGAAAACAUCUGUCCAAGCUGAUCCCAGACUCUGUGAGGACUUCACACUGAUACCAGCCUGAGUCUUCAGUCCUGAGUGAGGACACAUGAAGUCUGAUCUGUCCCUCUUUGAGGACCUCUUUGUCACACUGGACUCGUCCUACAAAGUCUCCCUCCUUCUGUGGGACCUCCACUCCUUUAUGGAGAUGAAACAGGACUGGGUCUUUCUUAUUGUUGAACAUGUCACAGAAAAUGUUCAGAGUCUGCAGAGAGCUGUCAGGUUUGGGUGUGAAGGUCCACUCCAGGGUGAGGUUCUGGUCCACUUUUGCCUGAUAGGAGCUGUUAGUCACUUUGACUACAAGUGUUCCUGUAGAGGAGACAGAGAGGGAAAGAGAGGAGCAGAGAAACACAGGAACAUGUGAGUCUUUCAACAUCUUUUCUAAUGGAAGUGUUCAAGUGUUUCAGUCAGUCUCAAAGUGGAUCUCCUCUUUUCUCUUUGUGGAGAAGAAAGUGAAGGUGGAAACCAACCAGAGACACAGACGCUCAGAGCCAUGAGCAGCAGGAACCUGGAGACCAUCUUCACCCUGUCAGAGGAACCACAUGCACACACACACACACACACACACACACACACACACACACAUUUUCUGUUAUAAGACGUGUUGGUGCUUUCUUUAGGAACAAACAGGUUUCUCCCUUUUUUUUUCUUCUUCCAUAAUUUGGUCGACUCCUCAUUCUGGACUACAAAUAUUAGACACAGGAAGUGAGUGACAUGAAGUAACUGAGUUUCAGGAAGUAACGCCCAGUGCUGCUCAGUGUUCCUGUUAUGUGAACAAUUGUUGCUGAACUUCACACUGAAACCACCUCCUCACAAGAACAAGAAACCCCCUAAAGUUGAGAUCCAGAUCUGUCCUCAAACCCGUCCUGAGGACAGAUCCAGGUUGAUUCUCUGUCUGUUAGUCUUUGGACCGUCCUUCAUUAUUUCUUUUGUUCUGAUGUCUUCAUCCAAAGUCUUAGAGACGGACACUUCUGGGUAUCUACACUAGAGUCAACACUUUACAGAAUAAAGAAAACAUUUCUACACUAGAUGUCCCGUCAAAGUCAGAAACUGCUGCUGUUUACUGUCAGACUGUUUUGACACUAAAGUCCUGAGACUUUAGGACCAAAUCAAUGUUUACUUUACAGAUUUGAUCAGCUGAUAAAAUCACCAAAAAAGACAUUUUCACAGAUUAUUUCAAUCUAAGGUUGAAGAAGUGAUCUGUGAGCUUACUUUGGAGACUCUACACCUUUGAAUUGUUCAGUUUUUACCGCUCAUAACUGGUUUGAUGGUUUUUUAAUGUGAAUAUUAGAGUUAAAAAGAAAAGCAGAGCUCCUCUGAAAUAUUCACUUCAUAACUCAAUAAUGUGGAGCUGAUAUAAGAAAAGAAGAGAGAAAAACAAACGAUAAACUGUGAGAUAAGAAGAAAACAGACUUCUUACCUCGUUGUUUCGCUCUUUCUGACAGUUUGCUUCAGCCUCACGUUGACUUUGGUGGUUUCCUGUUUCUGCUCUGAGUGUUUUUUUCUGUAAACGGAAAUUCAGUCGGUGGUAAAGUUUUGCACCUCUGCUCUUCAGUUUCAUUUGCAUUUAAGUCAGAUCAGGUCUGAGCCAAUGAGCUGUUUUGUUGCGGUUCUCUUAAACACACAAAAAGAGAAGUUCAUGUGUUCAUAAACCACAGUAAUCUUUAGCUGAUGUGUCACAGAGUAAGUCAGGAGGACAGAGGGGUGAAAAUGAUGAUACUGAAUCUGAUCUGAUUCUUUCCAAACUCCCUUUGGCCGUUUAGACCAGACACUGAAGCUUAGAUUCAAACACAGAUCUCUCCAUGCAGAGACAAACAUCCUUCUUCUUCAGAUCUUCUCUGUUCUCACCGUGUUAAAGAAAAUGCACAAGUGUGUUUAGAUGAUGAACAUCAACAAGAAAGCAAGCAAUCAAUGACAUUAAGACCUCUCAUCAUCAUCACCAAUUGUCUUCACCACAAUAAAGACCAAAGUACCAAGUGCUGCUGGGUCACUUAAGACCUGGGUACAAAAUCCCAGAAGUAGAACAGGAAAGAAGGUAGUUUGGAAAGAAUCAGAUCAGAUUCAGUAUCAUCGUUUUUACCCGUCUGUCCUCCUGUAAAACAUCAGCUUAUGCUUUAUGUGUACCUCUUCUUUUAAAGGAAACUAAGAACCACUCUUUGUGCAAACUUGUCACUUUGUGUCACUCUCCUCUAGUUUGUCUCUCUAACGGGUCUUUGUUCCUCAUGAAUCCUCGUGUUAGGACUCGUUUAUUUCUUCCAUAAAGACAAGGAAUCAAAACUUGUGCUCCCUAAAGGUGUCCACUGAAAACAAAAAUCAUGAAAAAAUAAAUAUCAGUACUCUUUCUGGGCAGCAGAGGGCGCUUACUUCAUUUCACUUCUCUUGGUCUCUCAUGCUGGGCCGUAGUUCUUUAACUGAAUGAUGAUAAAAUUGGAGUGUUUCCCAUCCUGUUGAAGUCAAACUGAAGUGAACGGACACGCUCCUCCAACCUCUGCCAGCGUCUCUUUCUCUGUAAAUACAUUCAGUGGAUGUUGAUUAUUGAAGCUGUACACAAGUGUCCGAGCUCCUGCUUCCCCCUUGUGGCUGAUUAAUGUACCCGCUGACUGUGAAACCUGUUGCACUACAUUGUACUGAUGUACUCCUACUGUAAGCUUUGUCCAUAUUCUGACGGUGGAUGGAUUUCUUUUUUGUAUAUGGUGGAACAAAGUAACACUUUUAACAACGUGAUCUGGCUCUGAUGUGUCUGUUUUUUUUUCUCUCAAACAGGAAGUCAAACAGGAUCUUAAAGAAUCCAAAUAUUUAAUUUAAUAUUGUUUAAGUUCUAAAUAAUCAUGUUUGAGUCUAAGAUGAUUGAUUCAAACUAAAGCAGAGAAAACAGUUCAAUGAUAUAAAAAUGAUAUUCUGAAAAGUUUUUCACCCUCUUUUUUUCUUGUGUCCAUAAAAGUUUGAGACGCAGGUUUAGGUGGAAUUUUCCUUUAUUUUACUUACAGCUGAGAACCACCAGAGGUCCCUGCUGAGUCAGAAAACUCUUCACACUGAGGAGGGAGAACAACUUAAUUCACAAAACAACAUAGAUGUCUGAAAAACUUUUUUAAUCAACAAUAUUUUUAUUAGUUAUAUACAGAUUCAUACAGUGCAGUGAGAUCUUUAAAGAGCACAAGAUACAAAAGAAACAUUAAUAACAAACACCCCCUUUCACUCCAGACCCUGUCUACUGCUAAAUAUAACAAAUUCUGGAGCUAAUAAUAAAAAAAUAAUAAAAAAAACAAGUCAGUGCUGGAAUUCAGGUUUUAUAGACCCUGAGAAGUAAAAAGUAAAAAGAAAAUCAGUUAAAUGAACUACUGUACGGUAAGAGAAACACAAAGGUAGACAAGUCACUGAAAACUUAGAACGUCCAUGAAAGAGAAAAGAAAUUAUGAAAAACAUUUAUAACAUCAUUAAAAAGGACUGCAGUAUAAGAACAGAAUCUGACAGGAAACUCUGUCAGAGUUGUUUGACCCUGUAGACAUGAGGUAGAAAAGUAAGGACUGACUUUAUAGUGUUACCAUGGUUACAAAGUGCUUUAUCAAUGAAAACAAAAUAGAAAUAAAAGAGAAAUGUGAGGAGACCAAUGACUCAAAAUCUCAAAGUUCACCAACACGGACAAGAUUCAACAACAUUAGAGAUAAAAACAGAAAGAAAAAGGUCAUGUCAAAAAAGAAGGACACAAAAACCCUGGACCAGAAUAGAGCAGGUGAAAAGACUAUGUUUAAAUGCACAUAUGUACAAAUACCAUAGACUGUAUAUACUUAUAUGUAUUUCUAUAUACAGUCUAUGAAAAAUACAGACACAUCAAAUAUUACAUAUGUAUAACAUAUAUAAACACUUCAAAGAUCAAACAUGUUUUUGUUGAUACCAUUCGGCUCAGAAUAAAAGCAGCUUAUCAAAGAUGAAAACACUUUCAGAGAUCAUGUCAGUCAGUCUCUGUGUAUCCACUCUAGUUUUUCCUCCUCUGCUUUUCCUCCUUAGUUAAUCCCUCAUGAGUCUCACCUGCGUGUUGUCUGCCUGACCUGUUGCUUGUCUCCCUGCCCACCCCCACCCCCCACUCUUCCUGGUUUUCCUGGUGCCUCUUUGUUCUACCUGGAUUUCUGCUCCUUGUGUUUUUGGUUAUUUAGAUUUUUCUUUUUGACCUUUUCUGUUUGAGGUAAGUUUGUUGAUUCAAGUUUAGUCUUUUGUUGAAUAAAACAUUUUAGUCCCACUACACUCGGCCUGCUAAGCGCUCAUCCAUCUGUGGGAUGUCGAUCACUUCUUAAACUCAAAAAGGACUGAGGACUGAGUUCAGAGGUCACGGUACACUCAAUGAGAAGUUUGUUGAUCUAUAAGUUUUUUUCUCGUCUUCUGACCCGUCAAAUCUCUUCACAUUCACAUUCACUCUCUAGCACACUGAUGACAUGACAUGAUUGAUGCUGCUGAUUAACCACAAUAAGUUCGCAUUUUGUUACGACUUCAGUCUCAUUACUACUCCUCCUCCUAUUCCUCCAAAUUUUGUCCCUACAGCUAGAAACAGGACGAGAGCGAGUGAUGCAACGGUAAAGAAAAAAGAUCAGAGCAGCUCCUGCGAUUGUUCCCAGUGUAACGAUGACGAUGUCUAUCCUUCCCAACACCACUGUGUUUGGACCCUCUGCUUCACACUCAGACCUGCUCUGGUUCUUGGCUGCUGGAAGGAGACAAACAAAGACUUGAUCAUGUUUCUGUGAUUACUGCAGGUCUCAGUUUGCUCUAGUAAAGUCUCUGAAAGUCGUACAGGAGGCAGGACCUUCAGUAAUCAGACCCUUCUCCUUUGGAACCAUCUACCAAUCAGGGUCCAGGAUUCAGAGACCCUCUCUCCUUUUAGGACCUUCAUGUUAAAGCUCAUAAAAGGUCUGAUUCAGGUUUAGAGAAGAUCCAAAGAGAAACAGAACCUGAACUGAACGUCUUUAAAGUUCUGCUGAGAAAUAAAUCAACUCACCAGUCACAUUGAGGGAACAUCUGUCCAAGCUCUUCCCGUACUCUGUGAGGACAUCACACUGAUACCAGCCUGAGUCUUCAGUCUUGAGUGAGGACAGAUGAAGUCUGAUCUGUCCCUCUUUGAGGACCUCUUUGUCACACUGGACUCGACCUACAAAGUCUCCCUCUUUCUGUGGGACCUCCACUCCUUUAUGAAGAUUAAGCAAAACUAGGUCUUUCUGAGGGUUGAACAUGGAACAGAAAAUGUUCAGAGUCUGCAGAGAGCUGUCAGGUCUGGGUGUGAAGGUCCACUCCAGGGUGAGGUCCUGGUCCACUUCUGCCUGAUAGGAGCUGUGAGCCACUUUGACUACAAGUGUUCCUGUAGAGGAGACAGAGAGGGAAAGAGAGGAGCAGAAAAACACAGGAACAUGUGAGUCUUUCAACAUCUUUUCUAAUGGAAGUGUUCAAGUGUUUCAGUCAGUCUCAAAGUGGAUCUCCUCUUUUCUCUUUGUGGAGAAGAAAGUGAAGGUGGAAACCAACCAGAGACACAGACGCUCAGAGCCAUGAGCAGCAGGAACCUGGAGACCAUCUUCACCCUGUCAGAGGAACCACACACACACACACACACACACACACACACACACACACACACACACACACACACACACACACACACACACACACAGAGACAAAGUCAGUGCCACAUCUACAGUCUGUAGUCAUUCAAACUCUCAUUGUACGUCUUAAUCUGAAGAAAACAUUAAAGCUGCACUCCUUCGUUUUUGACACUAGGGGGCGCCCACUCAUCAAACUCAACACAACCAGGAAGAGACAGGAGAACAGACUGAUGAUUCUGAACUGAAAUGUUUACAGUGAUCAUGUUAGUCCAGCUGAUUUCAUCUCCCCUCCAAACAUCAUCGAUAAUUCAUCAUUUUUCUCCUUAUUGAUUCACAUUUCCUCAUUUAUUCACUUCUUCACCUCAGGUCCAUCUUCUUUAACUGAUAACGACCUUUAUCCUACAAAUACGAAUUCAACACAAACUAUGAGUUUAUUAUAAAUGCACUUAGAGGUGCAGUGUGCUCGGUGCAUUGUUCUUAAAAACUGCACCAAUGAAACAACAGUUUAGAGACAGUCGCAGAUAUCCGAACAAAACCACAGAGAGUGACGAUGUUUGUUUUCAUAACACUUCCUCAUUCGCCAUUUCUAAUGAUCCACAACACAGCUGUACUUCAACGAGUAAAACUUCAAUUCGACGAAUCGAUUAAACUUUCUAAAAGACAACCGACUUCGACUACAACAAAAAUUUGAACCUUUUUCAUCCACUAACUCCAUAAGUACAGCUGAUAAACAAACUCUGAGCAGAUUUGAGGUUUACUGACGAUCGUUUAAGGAGUUUAUGAACACAGACGAACAACAACAACAGACUGACAACACGGAAGGAUAUAGAUAUAUAUAUUCAUAAUAAAACACCUGUCAGGGUUGGAUUAAGUACUCACGUUUGUAUCAGAGUCAGCAGGUCAGGUUGAAGACUGCAAAACUUUUACAGUAUUCGGGUCAGCUGCAGACGGUCUUUGUUUAAAAAAAAACAUGGCGGUAAUGUCGACGAGGGGAGGAGCUGCAGAAACGUCAAAACGAAAGUGAAAGUUAAACUGCUGUAUUUGGAUGUUACAGAUUUGAAUCAGAACCUAGCUGGUAUAUGUGGUGAUUUCUAAUCCUAACAUUUGAAGGGUUUUCUCUCUCUGUAUUAUCACUUUAAUUAUCAUCAGUGGAGGACAAAGACUUCUGUCAUCUUUCCCACUUUCAGAGAGAAUCAUCAACAUGUCAGAGAUCACAGAUUUACUCUCUUUUUGAUCCUGAUGCUUGAAGCUUUUUCCUGAAGUUAUUUUGACUUUUGAAGAGAAAAGUUGUUGACAGUGAAAAAUGACUUUUCCUCACAUGAACUUUCAGUCUGAGUUUGGAGUUUGAACAGCUGCUAAACCCUUUAGGUUGUCUAGCAGUUUCUACAUCAGAGUAUUAGGACCACAUUAAGAGAGAAGAAAAUAAUAAAACUUAAAUAUUAAAAUAAUUACUCAUGAGAAUAAAGUCAGAAUAAAGUCUUUACAUUCUAACCUGUUGUUUGAGAUGAGAGUUGUUGAAUUGUGAGUCGUGGGACAUUUCGUGAAAAUGUAGACUACUUCAAUAAAGGUUUCACAAACAAGGAGCUUUUAUUUGAUCCUGAAAUAAUCAGUAAUAACAACAAUAAAAGGUUGAAGUCUCUCCAAACUGAACAAUUCAAAGGUGUAGAGUCUCCAAAGUAAACUCACAGAUCACUUCUUCAACCUCAGAUUGAAAUAAUCUGUGAAAAUGUCUUUUUGGUGAUUUUAUCAGCUGAUCAAAUCUGUAAAGUAAACAUUGAUUUGGUCCUAAAGUCUCAGGACUUUAGUGUCAAAACAGUCUGACAGUAAACAGCAGCAGUUUCUGACUUUGACGGUGGUGCAAAGCAAACACCCUAACAGUUCAUGCAAUAAGAUGAUAAACUAACCCACUGUCGCACAGUUAGGCAGUUAUAAAGAUGAUCUGAUGCUAUCAGUGUGGAGUUAAGACAGAGUAUGGGGUCAGCUUGGAUGAAUGUUAUCUCAAUGUGAUCGGUGAGUUGAUUUAUUUCCCAGCAGAACUUUAAAAAGACGUUCAGUUCAGUUUCUGUUUGUUUUUGGAUCCAGAAGAAUCUGAGAUUAAAGUAUCAUUGAGGUUUUUAUGGACCUGUUCCUGUUGAUCUCUUGUGUUUGUUUAUUCUUCUCCUGAAUGACUCUAACCUGUUGGUCUCUCUACAGGAAAGACUGAUCUCCUUGUUGAAGGGACACUGUUGGCAGCAGCAUUUAUAGGUUUGCUCUCUGUUUGUUCCUUACUCUGAGAUGAAAAUGGACAACCUGCAGAUUCCAAGUUCAGACAGGACUGUGAGCAGGUAACCAGAUAGCAGCUGUUCAAACUCCAAACUCAGACUGUAAGUUCAUGUGAGGAAAAGUCAUUUUUCACUGUCAACAACUUUUCUCUUCAAAAGUCAAAGAAACUUCAGGAAAAAGCUUCAAACAUCAGGAUCAAAAAGAGAGUAAAUCUGUGAUCUCUGACAUGUUGAUGAUUCUCUCUGAAAGUGUGGGAAAGAUGACAGAAGUCUUUGUCCUCCACUGAUGAUAAUACAGAGAGAGAAACAUUGAAAUGUUAGGAUUAGAAAUCACCACAUAUACCAGCUGGGUUCUGACUAGUGAAGGGUUGAUAUCUGUAUCAUUAAAAACAGUCCAACACAGAUAAAACUGUCACACCAAGACUUGAUACUGUCACAGAAUUUAGUGCUAACAUGAGGACAGAGAUGACAGGGCGGCCCUCAUGGACUUGGUCUCAUAAACUUAUGAAGUAAAUACAGUAAACUCUGAAUUCAGUCCAGACUACCUGCCACUGUCUAUUUACUUUGGGCAAAAACUACAGAGAUGACACUACACAUAUGAAUCAUGUCAAACAGGGACAAACUUUCAGACCUGCUUGACUGUUUUCACAUCAUCGUGUAUCUGUCCUGUGAUUCACUUCUGUUUAAAGAGGGCGUUUCAUGCUUUCACACAUUUGUUCAGGGUGCAUAUAAAGGUUGGCAAAUGUUCCAACUGUGAGGUAAACAUUUGUUGUGAUAAUCCUAGAAAAUAGAAGAGAAUUGCUCUAAGCACGUUGUCACAAAAUCACACCUGCAACGCUCCACGCCCUCUUUUCUUGGACAACAUCCAGUCCACAUGUGUCAACAGGCGGUCUACCUGUGUUCAAACACUGUUACACUCUAUGGUGUUUUGUUCGGAUAUCUGCGACUGUCUCUAAACUGUUGUUUCAUUGGUGCUGUUUUCAAUAACAAUGCACCGAGCACACUGCACCUCUAAGUGCAUUUAUAAUAAACUCAUAGUUUGUGGUGAAUUCGUAUUUGUAGGAUAAAGAUCGUUGUCAGUUAAAGAAGACGGACCUGAGGUGAAGAAGUGAAUAAAUGAGGAAAUGUGAAUCAAUAAGGAGAAAAAUGAUGAAUUAUCGAUGAUGUUUGGAGGGGAGAUGAAAUCAGCUGGACUAACAUGAUCACUGUAAACAUUUUAGUUCAGAAUCAUCAGUCUGUUCUCGUGUCUCUUCCUGGUUGUGUAGAGUUUGAUGAGUGGGCGCCCCCUAGUGUCCAAAACAAAUGAGUUCAGUUUUAAUAUUGUCUUCAGAUUUAGACAUAAUAAAGGUUUAAAUGACAACAGACAGACUGUAGAUGAUAACACUGACCUUUGACCUGCUGUGUGUGUGUGUGUGUGUGUGUGUGUGUGUGUGUGUGUGUGUCCUCUGACAGGAUGAAGAUGGUUUCCUGGUUCCUGCUGCUUUCUCUGAGUGUUCCACUCUCUGACUGUCCCUGGACUCGGGUCAGUGGUGGGCCCUCAGGGUCAGCAAGGCCUUCUCAGCAGGCAUAAGAAUACUCAGAAAGAUACAUUUAUUCACUUAUUUUUCCACACGUAUUUAAAUAAUAUUAUUCUCUAUAGUCUGUUCUCUUUGUGUCAUAUUAUAUCCACUUGGUUGAGCUGUUUCCAAUGUUGUAGAUCAUGAUAGAAUUUCUUAUCCAAUCAUAUUUCAGCUCGCUUCUGUUGUCAGGUGCUGUAAAAUCUGCCCCUUCAGAAUCAACAGAGCAGACUCCUUUAAAUGAACGGACACAGUCAGUUCCAACGGCCAAUCAGAUCUCGAGUCUGCGACAUCAAGGCCAGCUCGAAGGUCUUACGUUGAACUGGACAUGCACGCGUCCUGUGAUUGGAUAAAGCGCUCGAGAGAACAUGAAAGGCGGUACUUUGAAAAAUAUCGACCUAAACCCAGAGAGCCGUUAGCUACCGACAGUUGUCGCUGUAUUUGUCUGUAUGGGAACACGACCGGACAGACACGGCUUUUAGCGUUAGAAAAGGACUUGUUGAUGGACCUGAAAUUAAACAACAGAGAGGUUUAAGUCAGAAAAGAAAGGAGGACAGAUUUUAUCUUCGAAUAAACAGACGCUGUGGAGGAGAUCCGUACUGGUGAGUUCAAGCUUUAUAUUUUUAACGGCGACGAUGCGCAGUUUGUCGGUGAGCUAACAUAGCUUACGUUUACAGGCCUUUUGUUGACUAAUAUAUUCAAAUCGUCUUUUAUUGUUGAGUUUUGACAGUAUCUGUGAUCUUAUCUGUUUCCUACUCUUAACUGUGAAUAUGUCCUUAUUGGUUUUAAACGCUCCGGAAAUGCAGUGUUUCUCGACUAGCUUAUAUUAAGGGACUGGGAAAAACAAACUGCUCACCAUUAAAAGCGGUGGUAUCUAUGGUGUUAUGGUGAAUUAGAGCGGUUAAGGAUAGCUUUACUGUCUGACUCUUUUAUUUGUUUCUUCACUUUGUCAACUUCUCCACUCGGAUUUUUAGCAACCGAGGCUAACGGCUAACUUCGCUUAUGGUGCAUUCAGGUGCUCCGCGGAUGCUCGGAAUUUCCACAACAGGACGUUAUUUAUUAGUUAAGCAAUUCCAAGACAUGACGUGAAAACAACAUUAACAAAAACAAAUGGAAAAUAUAUGGUUUUACACCAUGUAGGCGUUAAUAUGAUAGUGAGUGAUGUCACUGAAGUGUCUCCCUGUUCUCUCCAGGUCGGGAUGUUGAAGCCCGCCCAGGACUCUAAAGGGAUCUACGUCUCAUGGGUUCUUCUGAUCCUGCUGAAAAUCAGCGACCCCAUUUCCAAGAUCACGUAGAUAUGGAGAGGGGGAGAGAGAAAGUGAGAAGGUAGGAAAGAAGGAAGGAAGGUAGGUUGGAAGAAAAGCCAAACUUAUUUGUGAAGUCACGAGAAAAAGAUAAGAGAGUAAAGAUGAUAUGCAGCGAAGUAAAUAGAGGAUAAAACGAUAACGCAGUAAAAUAACUGGAGGAUUUUUAAUCAUUUCUUCUUCACCACAAAAAACUAGAGAGAGUUUUUGAAGUUUGCAGAGAGAUAUGCAGACAAAUGGAUGGAGAGGUGGGUGAAUUUAAAGAAAGACAAAAAUUGUAACCCAGUAGCUUCCCUCUUCAAACAGAAAGUCAAACAGGAUCUUAAAGAGUCCAAAUAUUGUUUAAUCUGUAUUUUUUCAGUUAUGCUAACUCCUCAACUACCUUUAGUAGAAAUGUAGAAAUGUUCAAAAACUAAAAAAGUUCUAAUAAUCCUGUUUGAGUCAAAGAUGUUUGAUACUGAAGCAGAGAAAACCGUUUAUUGAUGUAAAGAUGAUUUUCUGAAAAGUUUUUCACUUUUUUUUCCCUCACGUCCAAAAAAGUUUGAGAAACAGUUUUAGGUGGAAUUUUCGUUUAAUGUACUUGUACUAAUGUAAUGUGGCUGAGAACCACCAGAGGUCCCUGCUGAGUCAGAAAACUCUUUACAUUGAGUGAGGAGAACAACUUUAUUGACAAGAUAACUUGGAUGUCUGAAAACCUCAAGUAACAUCAUUGAAAGUGACUGUGCAGUACAGCUUUAUCAGUACAGAACAGAAUCUAACAGGAAACUCUCUCUCUAAAACAAAAUAGAAAAAAAAAGUGAGGAGUACAAUGACUCAAUAUCUCAAAGUUCACCAACACGGACAAGAUUCAACAACAUCAGAGAUAAAAAAACAGAAAGAAAAAGAGAUAGUGUCAAAAAAGAAGGACACAAAAAACCUGGACCAGCAUGAAACAGGUAAAAAGGACUAUAUGUUUAAAUGCAAUUAUGCAAAAAUACAAACACAACAUAUAUUAAUAUAUAUAACAUGUAUAACUCAAAAGAUCAAACAUGUUGAUACCACUCGGCUUAGAAUAAAAGCAGUUUAUCAAAGAUGAAAACACGUCCAGAGAUCAUCUUCUGUAAAAAAGUGUUUUUUAAAAGAUGAUCAGCAGAUUUAACCAGAGAGGUCCAUCCUUCCUCCACUCUCUGCUGCUAUGUCUGCUCUGAGAGUCCGUUUCCCUGCAAAGGUAGGCCCGUCAGUUCUCUUACAGUUACAUUCCCAUUUGGCACAGUGAUGUGAAGACUGAUGAGGCUGCCAUUUCGAACUUCCCCAGAAUCAUGGCCACAAACAGGAAGAAAGCGAGUGAUGCAACAGUAAAGAAUAAAGAUCAAAAUAGUUCCUAAUAUUGUUACCAUUGUAAUGAUGAUGAUGAUGUGUUUCAAUCUUUCCAUCUCUGUGUUUGUCUUCUCUGCUUCACCCUCAGACCAGUUCUGGUUCUUGGCUGCUGGAAGGAGACAAACAAAGACUUGAUCAUGUUUCUGUGAUUACUGCAGGUCUCAGUUUGCUCUAGUAAAGUCUCUGAAAGUCAUACAGGAGGCAGGACCUUCAGUAAUCAGACCCUUCUCCUUUGGAACCAUCUACCAAUCAGGGUCCAGGAUUCAUAGACCCUCUCUACUUUUAGGACCUUCAUGUUAAAGCUCAUAAAAGGUCUGAUUCAGGUUUGGAGAAGAUCCAAAGAGAAACAGAACCUGAACUGAACAUCUUUUUAAAGUUCUGCUGAGAAAUAAAUCAACUCACCGAUCACAUUUAGAUAACAUCUGUCCAAGCUGCUCCCAUAUUCAGUGAGGACUUCACACCGAUACCAGCCUGAGUCUUCAGUCUUGAGUGAGGACACAUGAAGUCUGAUCUGUCCCUCUUUGAGGACCUCUUUUUCACACUGGACUCGUCCUACAAAGUCUCCCUCCUUCUGUGGGACCUCAACUCCUUCAUGGAGAUGGAACAAGACUAAGUCUUUCUGUGGGUUGACCAUGGAACAGAAAAUGUUCAGAGUCUUCAGAGAGCUGUCAGGUUUGGGUGUGAAGGUCCACUCCAGGGUGAGGUUCUGGUCCACUUUUGCCUGAUAGGAUCUGUGAGCCGCAUUGACUACAAGUGUUCCUGUAGAGAAGACAGAGAGGGAAAGAGAGGAGCAGAAAAACACAGGAACAUGUGAGUCUUUCAACAUCUUUUCUAAUGGAAGUGUUCAAGUGUUUCAGUCAGUCUCAAAGUGGAUCUCCUCUUUUCUCUUUGUGGAGAAGAAAGUGAAGGUGGAAACCAACCAGAGACACAGACGCUCAGAGCCAUGAGCAGCAGGAACCUGGAGACCAUCUUCACCCUGUCAGAGGAACCACACACACUUUAUGUUAUUAUGCAGUGUUUGUGCUUCCUUUAGGAACAAACAGGUUUCCCAGUUUUUUCUUCUUCUUCCAUAAUUUGGUCGACUCCUCAUACUGGACUACAGACAUCUGACACUCACACAAACUCAUCUGCGUCAGUGAAUCACUCAUUCAUCUUAAAACAUCCAGUUUAGACCCACAGACCAAGAAACCAUCUGAACUCUCUGAACAACUUUCUACUGCUGAGACUAACAGACAGGAAGUGAGUGACAUGAAGUAAAUAAGUUUGAGGAAGUAACACCCAGUGCUGCUCAAGGUAUCUGUUAAUGUGAACAAUUGUUGCUGAACUUCACACUGAAACCACCUCCUCACAAGAAUUAGAAUGAAAGUUUUCGGUCUAAACCUUCUAAAGCUGAGAUCUAGAUCUGUCCUCAAACCCGUCCUGAGGACAGAUCCAGGUUGAUUCUCUGUCUGUUAGUCUUUGGACCGUCCUUCAUUAUUUCUAUUGUUCUGAUGUCUUCAUCCAAAGUCUUAGAGACGGACACUUCUGGGUAUCUAAACUAGAGUCAACACUUUACAGAAUAAAGACAACAUUUCUACACUAGAUGUCCCGUCAAAGUCAGAAACUUUACAGAUUUGAUCAGCUGAUAAAAUCACCAAAAAGACAUUUUUUAAUGUGAAUAUUAGAGUUAAAAAGAAAAGCAGAGCUCCUCUGAAAUAAUAUUCGCUUAAUAACUCUCUCAUUAAUGUGGAGCUUUGAUAAGAAAAGAAGAGAGAAAAACAAACAAUAAACGGUGAAAUAAGAAGAAAAUAGACCUCUUACCAUGUAGUUCGCUGUUUCUCACAGUUUGCUGUUUCUGCUCUGAGUUUUUUUUUCAGUCUGUCGUGAAGUUUUGCCCUUCUGCUCUUCAGUUUCAUUGGCUGUCACAUUUAAGUCAUAUCAGGUCUGAACCAAUGAGCUGUUUUGUUGCAGUUCUCUUAAACACACAAAAAAAGAAGUUCAUGUGUUAAUAAACCACAGUAAUCUUUAGCUGAUGUGUCACAGAGUAAGUCAGGAGGACAGACGGGUAAAAACGAUGAUACUGAAUCUGAUCAGAUUCUUUCCAAACUCCCUUUGACCGUUUAGACCAGACACUGAAACUUAGAUUCAAACACAGAUCUCUCCAUGCAGAGACAAACAUCCUUCUUCUUCAGAUCUUCUCUGUUCUCACCGUGUUAAAGGAAAUGCACAAGUGUGUUUAGAUGAUGAACAUCAACAAUAAAGCAAACAAUCAAUGAUAUUAAGAACUCUCAUCAUCAUCACCAAUUGUCUUCACCACAAUAAAGACCAAAGUACCAAGUGCUGCUGGGUCACUUAAGACCUGGGUACACAAUCCCAGAAGUAGAACAGGAAAGAAGGUAGUUUGGAAAGAAUCAGAUCAGAUUCAGUAACAUCGUUUUUACCCGUCUGUCCUCCUGUAAAACAUCAGCUAAAGAUUACUUUGCUUUAUGGACACAUGAACUUCUCCUCUCACUUCAGUUUGAGUGUAUCUGUGUGUACCUCUUCUUUUAUAGGAAACUAAGAACCACUCUUUGUGCAAACUUGUCACUUUGUGUCACUCUCCUUUAGUUUGUCUCUCUAACGGGUCUUUGUUCCUCAUGAAUCCUCGUGUUAGGACUAGUUUAUUUCUUCCAUAAAGACAAGGAAUCAAAACUUGUGCUCACUAAAGGUGUCCACUGAAAAAAAAUCAUGAAAAAAUAAAUAUCAGUACUCUUUCUGGACAGCAGAGGGCGCUUACUUCAUUUCACUUCUCUUGGUCUCUCGUACUGGGCCGUAGUUCUUUAACUGAAUGAUGAUAAAAUUGGAGU